AAAGACGUGAGAGAGAGAGAGAGAGAGAGAGAGAGGUUGAUGAGUAGUAUAGUAUGUAGAGAGAAGUGUUGAGCGUGGUUGUCUGAAUAGGGGUGAAAAAAAGGGGGAUUGUCUGUGUGAUGUAGGGCGAGUCAGGGGGCAGAGCUGAGGCAUUUGGUCUGCGAAGAACUUAGCAAGCCCUCCUUUUUUUAAGCUUCUCCGGUCUUUCCCUUGUCGGCGACUUUUCCGGCGAUUCUCGCCACCCUCUCCGCCUCUCGUUGUCCACCACCACUUUCUUCCUUCUCCCUUUCUUCUUCCGCUUAUCCGGCGGUCACGCCGGAAAAACUACACAUCGUAGUUGCUGACCUUGUUCUUCAGCUUCUGAGAGAACAGAGAACUUUUUUUUUUUUUUGCGUCCAUCUCUAUCUGAUUCUUCUGCUUUCAUUUAUUCGGUGGAGAUAUUGAUUCUUGCUUUUCGUUGUAACCUGAGCCUUUUGUUGUGUUUGACCGGACAUCUGUUGACGCUUGUUAUUGAUUCGAAGGGAGCUGAGCUGAGGAACCUGGAAGGUCUUCAUCUCUGGAUUUUUCUCAUUUUCUUUUUAUCUGUCUUUGUAUUCGGAUUCCGUGUCAGCUGAGAAAAGCCACUUUGAGUUAUUUCGAGUUUGGACUCUCGGUCGUUUCUUUUGAAUAAGAGCAACUCCGGCGCCUAAUCUGGAUGAAAUCGAAAACCGUUUCCGGCGGGUGAAAUGACGAGUUGAAGCCUUUUUUUUCCUUUCCAUAAUUUCCGGCGAAGCGUGUGGGAGAAGUUGCCGGAAGCAGUAAAAUGAAGGUGCCGGCAAACGGUGCAGCAGCGACGGCUAAUGCCUGCGAAGGAGAGAGAAAGAGCAUCAACUCUGAGCUAUGGCACGCGUGCGCCGGACCUCUGGUCACGUUGCCGCCGGUCGGGAGCUACGUCGUUUACUUUCCACAAGGUCACAGCGAACAGGUUGCGGCAUCCAUGCAGAAGGAUAUAGACGCCCACAUCCCAAAUUACCCAAAUCUUCCAUCGAAGCUAAUUUGUCUCCUACACAAUGUUACAUUGCAUGCGGAUGCAGAAACAGAUGAAGUUUAUGCUCAGAUGACACUCCAGCCAGUUUCUACAUAUGACAAGGAAGCAUUACUGCAGUCAGAUCUUGCACUAAAAUCAAAUAGGCCUCAGACAGAGUUUUUCUGCAAAACAUUGACUGCAAGUGACACAAGUACACAUGGUGGAUUCUCUGUGCCCCGCCGUGCAGCAGAGAAAAUAUUCCCUCCUCUUGAUUACUCACAGCAACCACCUGCUCAAGAACUGGUGGCCAGAGAUUUGCAUGACAAUGUAUGGACCUUCCGCCAUAUAUAUCGAGGCCAACCCAAAAGGCACUUACUCACAACAGGUUGGAGCCUAUUUGUCAGUGGAAAGAGGCUUUUUGCUGGAGAUUCUGUCUUAUUCAUUAGAGAUGAAAAACAGCAGCUUCUCUUGGGUAUCAGACGAGCCAACAGGCAACCAACAAAUAUAUCAUCAUCGGUUUUAUCAAGUGAUAGCAUGCAUAUUGGCAUACUUGCUGCAGCAGCUCAUGCAGCCGCAAACCACAGCCCCUUUACUGUGUUCUAUAAUCCAAGGGCUAGUCCAUCAGAAUUUGUUAUCCCUUUAGCCAAGUAUUACAAGGCGGUAUAUGGUAACCAAAUAUCCCUUGGCAUGCGGUUCCGUAUGAUGUUUGAAACUGAAGAGUCAGGGACUAGAAGGUAUAUGGGUACAAUCACAGGCAUUAGUGAUCUAGAUCCUAUAAGGUGGAAAAACUCACAAUGGCGCAACCUUCAGGUUGGCUGGGAUGAGUCCACAGCUGGGGAAAGGCGUAAUAGGGUCUCGAUAUGGGAGAUAGAACCAGUGGCAGCUCCCUUUUUCAUUUGUCCCCCACCUUUCUUCAGAUCAAAGCGCCCGAGGCAACCAGGAAUGCCAGAUGAUGACUCUUCUGAUCUAGAUAAUAUUUUCAAGAGGACAAUGCCUUGGCUUGGUGAUGAUAUCUGCAUAAAGGAUCCUCAGACUCAGAAUGCUGUAUUACCUGGCCUGAGUUUGGUCCAGUGGAUGAACAUGCAGCAUAGUUCUCUUGGCAAUUCAACCAUGCAACCUGAUUACAUGCGCUCUCUGGCUGGACCAGUUAUGCAGAACCUAGCUGCUGCAGAUAUUUCCCGCCAGUUGGGCUUGCCAGGGUCACAAAUCUUGCAGCAAAAUAACCUCAACUUCAAUACACAGAGGCCACUUCAGCAAGUACAACAGCUUGAUCAGCUGGCAAAGCUUCCAACGACACUGAAUCAAUUAGGCUCUGUCAUGCGGCCCCAGCAGCUGGAUGACAUAAGUCAGCAAUCGAGGUCAAAUCUAAUUAAUCAAACAGUUCAAUCAAAUCAAACCCAGGCCCAGUUAUUACAGCCUCAGGUUUUGGUGCAAUCCCCCCAUGUUCAUCAACAACAAACACUAAUCCAGAGCCACCAAAUUUCCACCAACCUCACUCAGAUCCCACAACAGACACAACCACAGCCACAGCAGCUGCAGCAACUACAGAUACAACAACAGCAGCAGCAGCAACAUCAGCAACUACAACAGCAGCAGCAGCAGCAACAACAGCAACCACAACAACAACAGCAGCAACAGCAACAGCAACAACAUCAACAGCAGCUGCAACAAGUUACUGCUCAAAUCCCACAACAAAACCGUAUGCCAGUUCAGCUUCCUUAUCAAGUGAAUCAACAAUUACAGAUGUCAGAACAGCAGAUUCAAUUGCAACUGCUGCAGAAGCUUCAGCAGCAACAGCAAUCUCUUUUGUUACAGCAGUCCACACAACAGCAACCACCUCAACUGACUCAACUCCACGAGCAGCAAAGGCAGGUCUUGGAAGUGCCUCAAAAUUUACCAAACUCCAACCCUAACUCAUUUCCUCAGCAGAUGGCAAAGAAUAAUACACAGCCUGGUAUUCGGUUCUCUAAUCCAGUACAGCAGCACCAGACGCAGCCAAAGCUUCCACAACAGCAACCUGUCACACUGGCAGAGUUGCCUGGGCAACUUGUGCUUCCUCCAGCCCCAACAACAAAUUUGCUUUCAACUACAGGCAGCAGUGUAUUGACUGCCACUGGAGGGGCACAAUCAGGGCUUACUGAUGAGCUUCCUUCUUGUUCCACCUCUCCUUCCACAAACAACUGCCCCAAUGUAGCUCAGCCAAUCAUAAGCACUAGACCCCAUUGUAGCAUGGCAUUGCCAGAAGAGAUGACUCAGUCUGCUGCAACGCUUCUGAGUCCCAGCACCUUGGAAGCCAUGUCAUCUCGCCCAAAUUUGGUGAGGGAUUUGCAACAGAAGCCUGAUGUCAAACCAUCAAUUCCCAUUUCCAAGAGUCAGACUCAAGGGGUUGUUGCCCCACAAACAUACUUAAAUGCAGCAUCCCAGAUGGAUUGCUUGGACACAUCAUCAACAACCUCGGUUUGUCUUUCCCAAAAUGAUGGGGCUUUACAACAGAACUUUCCAUAUUCUUCUGUCAAUCCACAGUCCAUGUUGCUUAGAGAUGCAAGUCAGGAUGGUGAAGUUCAAACUGAUCCAAGGAACAACACACUGUUUGGGGUUAACAUUGAUGGCCCCCUUGGGAUACCCCUGACUCCUGAUCCUUUGCUGUCCAAGGGAAUUGGGUCAGGAAAGGAUUUCUCAAACAAUCUCUCUUCAGGUAGCAUGCUUGCAAACUUUGGAAAUUCAAAGGAGGCCCAGCAGGAACUUUCCUCUUCAAUUGUUUCUCAGUCAUUUGGGGUUCCAGACAUAGCAUUCAAUCCUCUUGAUUCUACCAUCAAUGACAAUGGAUUCUUGGGUAGAGCUCCAUGGGCUCCACCACCACCCCAAUUUCAGCGAAUGCGGACGUUCACUAAGGUGUACAAGCGGGGGGCUGUUGGCAGAUCCAUUGAUAUUACUCGCUAUUCAGGCUAUGAUGAACUCAAACAAGAUUUAGCACGUAGAUUUGGAAUAGAGGGGCAGCUUGAGGAUCGACAGAGAAUAGGAUGGAAGCUUGUCUACGUGGACCAUGAAAAUGAUGUCCUACUAGUGGGGGAUGACCCUUGGGAGGAGUUUGUGAACUGUGUAAGGUACAUCAAGAUACUGUCCCCCCAAGAAGUCCAGCAAAUGAGCUUGGAUGGAGAUCUAGGGACGGGUGUGCUUCCUAAUCAGGCGUGCAGCAGCUCUGAUGGUGGGAAUGCAUGGAGAAAUGGUCAUUGUGAUCAGAACUCUGGGAAUCCUUCGGCUGGGUCAUAUGAUCACUGAAGAUUCGGCUGUGGAACCUGAUUGGCACUCGUAACAAUAAGAACUAUCCAUUCUAGAUCCAUAUUAAUCAGCCAGAGUUUGUGUUUAAUUGGGCUCUCAUGGUUGAGUUUUGCUGCCUCAAACCAGUUUGGUUCCAGCUGGCAGAAGGUGCAAGCAAGUAUAUCUGGAAUGAGGAUAUAACCACCAUCCACUGGUUCAUGAGGCGCAUGUCUAAAUUUUGAAUCUGUAUUGAAGAUAAACUGUGGUGAGGGCAGCUGAAGUAGGAGAAAGGCCAUUUGAUUGAUCAACAACUUCAAUUGGCCCAGGUUUUCUUAUGUAGAUUCUGCUUCGUGUUUGGGGAAGAACAAUGUAAGAUACCUCAACGGGCAUACGAUAUAAUGAAUGCUUGUUAGAACAUUUUUUUCCCGCCCCGGUACAUUGCAGAAAGCACAGAAGCUAGAAAUUUGUACUGCUUGGUUUCAAAAUGUAUAAAUGUGUAGAUUUCUAUUUUUCCUCUCCUGCAGCAAAAUGCCUCUGUAAAUUACAUCAGUAUUGUAGCUUGAGUAUUGUCACAGCAAGCCUUUCCAGAAUUCAGAGCAAUGAAGGACUGGGCUUUCCUUGCAUA